GUUUAACGCAAGGUGAAAGCAAUCAGCGGGGAGCGUACACGCGAUGGAAGUGAGGCCCGUCAUGACUUAAAUAGACUGACAGAUAGAAUUUUGGGGUCCUACAGAGCUCACAGAAGAGGAGAAUACCCGUGCGGAAGCAGCUCGUAGCACAACCAGAGAAAUCUAUCGUUCCAACAGACCGUUGCUGUGGGUUGUUUGGCUGAUCCAUUUUGACGCGCAACAUCACAUGAUCGCGCCCCUCUUUCGCUCGCUCCUGAGGGAUGAGGCACCGUUACACCCUCGGAUCCUAUUCGACCACUCUGGUGAACGUCCUCGACUGAGGGCACUCAAGUCCAUGAAGGAUAUCCCGUCGUUUGUGAGCGCUAUGGGCCCGUGACUGGCUGCGCAAAACGGAAGUGGUAAUUUUAGCUUUCCAAAGACAAGUUCGCAGUCUCACGCAUAUAUCAGACACGACUGGGUCACUCAUCAAUCGUUCUUUUCAGCCCAAACAGUAUCGCGAAUGCCCGCAUUCUCCCAUCCAGUCGACGCGCAAGGCAUCGCCUCCAACUGGCUGCAGGCGUUCUCCACUGCCCUCGGCGCCGCCGACAUCCCGCGUGUCGCUGAGUGUUUUCACCCAGAGGGCUGGCUCCGCGAUGUUCUCGUUUUCACCUGGCUCAAUCGCACUCUCCGCGGACGCGCCCGUAUAUCGACCUUCUUGUCCACUGCCCGCACACCGCUCACUUCUGUUGUGCGACCGGCACUCGACACCCGCACGCACAUGAGCCCUACAUUCGGUCCGAUCACACCGCUGGUCGAAGGCGUGUCAUCUGGAUUCAGGUUCGAGACGGCGUUAGGGCACGUUCAGGGAUACGUUUCGCUGACACCGGGUGAGGAUGGCGUUUGGAGAGCGUUGAUGGUCUUUGUGCACCUCGAAGACAUCCGCGGACAUGAGGAGAGUGGGCCGGAGAGCGGUAUCUAUGGCGGUCACACAGUGUCGUGGGGUGAGGUGCGGGCUGGACGGAAAGCGGAUAUCGAGCGUGACCCGCAUGUGCUUAUCGUGGGUGCCGGGCAGACUGGUCUGAACGUCGCUGCUCGUUUCAAGCAAAUGGGCAUACGGACUCUGAUCAUCGAGAAAAUGGCGCGGGUCGGCGAUGUGUGGAGGAAGCGGUAUCCUAUGCUCACUUUGCACACCAUCAAGAGCCAUCAUGAAAUGCUAUAUCAGUCCUACCCUUCAAAUUGGCCAACCUACACUCCACGCGACAAGCUGGCAGAUUGGCUUGAGCAAUACGCUGUCACGCAAGACCUAGUCGUCUGGACCAGCUCUCAGCUUCUGCCGGUGCCCAGAUACGAUGUAGACAGCAGGAAGUGGAACUUAGUCAUCGACCGUGCCGGCAAGCAUGUUCCACUACGUCCUGCGCAUAUCGUCAUAGCAGGAGGCACCUUCGGAAAACCUCGCACGCCUGAUGUCCCCGACUCAUCCAUUUUCACCGGUUCAAUCACCCAUUCCUCGUCGUACUCGGGCGGGGCCUCAUAUGCCGGUAAACGCGUCCUUGUUGUCGGUGCAGGCAACAGCGCAGCAGACAUCUGUCAAGAUCUGCACGCGCAUGGCGCCCAAGCAACGAUGCUCCAGCGGUCUUCCAGCUGUGUAGUGUCUCAGUCUAGCGCGCGGAAGCGUCAAAGCCUUGCGUUCCCUGCGGAUGUGCCGAUACAGAUUAACGACUUCAAAACACAGGCCAUGCCGUACCUCAUGCUUCGCGAAGUGAGCAGCUCGCUCACGCAGUCAUUCUGGGAUGCCGAGAAGGAGCUCCAUGAAGGUCUGAGAGAAGCCGGACUGAGUCUUACUAUGGGCAAAGACGGAAGUGGGCAGUUUGCCAUGAUCUAUGAGCGAUUUGGAGGAUAUUGGAUCGAUCUCGGGACCGCCAAACUCAUUCGGGACCGCCAAGUCCUCGUCAAGCACGGUGUCGAACUCGCUCGAUUCAAGCUCAACGGUGUAGUUUACAGCGACGGCACAGAAGCCGAGGUCGAUGCCGUCGUUUACGCCACGUCGUUUGAGAGUAUCCGAGACACCAUGCGUCCGAUCUUCGGCGACGAUGUCAUCAGCCAGACGAGCCCUGUCUGGGGUGUCGAUGAGGAAGGAGAACUGCAUGGGUGUUAUCGGCCAUCUGGCUAUCCGGGACUAUGGUUUGCUACCGGGGACUUUACCCUUUCACGGUUUUGUUCCAAACAGUUGGCCAUUCAGAUCAGGGCCCUAGAGUUGGGAAUCCUGUAAUCCAUGUUACUCGACCUGGUGCAGAUAGAGUGUCGUGUUGGUUGUCAUGUCAAUCUGUGAUCCCAGAGGGGCAAGGUCAUUGGCAGGUGCGGGCGGUGAUUGGUUAUGUUAUUAGGCGGUGCUUUCAAAGCGCUAUACUUGGCGGCAAAGGAACCGUGAAAGGAACACCGCUCAGAAAUGAUUUGACACAUUCAUCAUGCAUCACGCCGCCUUUGAGCUUUCGUUGUCCAUACCACCAGGGCAGUCCCGCCUGGGCUUCAGUGUUUAAAAGCACGACGCUAGCUGUUUAUCAUGACACUCAAACAUGCCUUUCUUCACCCUCCAAAGCGGUCUUACUUUCAGCUACACCGACAGCGGGAUCCCCCAUUCCGACCAGACGGACUAUGUCACGCUCUUCCUCAUCCAUGGGAUCAUGUUCCACAACGGGACAUUUGCGUCGCUCGCGGCGAUUGGCCCUUCAAACGGGGUUCGCGUAAUCGCGGUGAAUCGCCGUGGAUACCCGGGAACGACCCCCUACUCAGCAGAAGAGCUGACGCUGUUCGUCAGCGGGAACGGGGAUGAUAAGGAGCGGCUGCUAGCGGAAAUGGGGCAGCAUCUGGCCUUGCUGAUCGCUGGGCUGAUCACCUCGCUCUCCCUCCCGGCUCACGUUGCGGUCGCUGGGUGGUCGCUCGGAGCUCUGAAAGUGCUCUCGAUUGCGGCCUCGAUAGACACGUUGCCAGAAGACGCCCGUCAGACUCUCACCAGCUCGGUCCGCAGUAUGAUCCUCCUCCAGGGCCCCAGCAUCGUGUAUGCGGUCCCCGAUCCCGAGGGAUUCUAUGUGCCACAAAGCGAUCCGGCGAUCUCCCCUGCCGAGCUGGGUCCCUUCUUCGCGCGUUGGGUUUCCAGCUUCUUUGUGCACGGGGACUUGUCAAAGCACGAGCUCAGCAGUCUCACAUACGACCGCACGGACCCGGACCGCUCACCAUCCAUCGUCCGUCUGCCGAUGGACCACCUCGUCGAUUUCGAGGCGGCGUCGAAGUACGAUGAUAUCGUCGUCUCCCCGAGCUUCAGCGCGGCCACGGCGAAGCAGCUCGACAAAGCCUUGUUCGACGUGCACAUCCGUGGCAACCUGUGGAAGAACACCAAGUUCUUCUGCGUGGUUACGUCCGCGGAUUCGUGGAAUACGAUGUACGGCGCAUGGAAGCUGGAGGAGCGGAUGCGUGCCGAGGCGAAGCCCGAAUGCGAGAUCACAUUCAAGUUGGUCAAAGGCGCGAAUCAUUUCGUGAGUGCCCUCAGUUACGACACGUGCGUCGGUUUCUCACAGCAGCGCAGUUCGUGAUGGAGGAUGCGCAGGGGGCAAUGGAUUGCUUCAAGACAUGCUUCGUGUAGAUUUCUAUGACUCCCACUAGUCAUUCGAUCGUAAAAUAAAACUCUGUACCUCUUCACUGAGAUUGGCACAGAUUCGAGCCGUGA